AUGCGCCUUUUCUCUCCUGCCCUAGCAGCUCUUGCUGCCUCAACCUCUAGUCCACUUGCACUAUGCUCUCCCCCUACGCCCCUCCAUGAAGCCGGCCGAUGCGCCAUUCGUGGCCACUGUGGGAAACAAGGCUUCUUCGGCUCGGAUCUCCCAUGCCCCGACAAUGAAAAGGCUGCAGCUCCUUCAGAAGUGGUCCGCGAAAAGCUGGUCAAUUUGUGCGGAGCAAAAUGGCAAGAAACCGAUGUCUGCUGCGACGAGGACCAAGUGAAUGCCCUUUCAAAGAACCUCAAACUGGCCGAAAGGAUCAUCGCUUCAUGUCCCGCUUGCAAGGAGAAUUUCUUCAACAUAUUCUGCACCUUUACCUGCUCUCCCGAUCAAUCGUUAUUCGUCAAUGUCACCGACACCGGAAAGGCCUCCAAUGGCAAUGAUGUGGUCACAGAGCUGGACAAUAUAUGGUCAGAAGACUACCAGAGUGGGUUUUAUGACAGCUGUAAAGAGGUCAAGAAUGGCGCAAGUGGUGGCAAGGCCAUGAGUUUCAUCGGAGGCGGCGCUACCAACUACACCGAAUUUCUCCAGUUUUUGGGCGACAAGAAGUUACUGGGUAGCCCGUUCCAGAUCAACUUUCUCGAGAAACCUCGGUCGGAAGACAACCAGGGCAUGGAAGCCUCUGACCCUCGUGUCUAUGCUUGCAACGAUACCGACCCCAACUUCCGAUGCAGUUGUGUUGACUGUCCGGAGGUCUGCCCGACUUUGGAGCCGGUCAGUUCUGUCGAAUACUGCCACGUCGGGAAGCUUCCUUGUCUCUCCUUUGCCGUCAUCAUCAUCUACUCAAUCUGUUUGCUGCUUCUCGUUGUGGCUAUUUCGGGGCACGUGGCGUAUCAAAGACACAAAAAGUGGAAGAGUGAGAGGCUCCAACUGCUGCAGGAUUCUGCACCAAGCGACGAUGAAGAUGAGGGCGAGCUGGUCAACAAUGCGGGCGUCCUCGACCGGCCGCAACGAAACUAUUACCUCAAUCAGGUAUUGGACCGUGGGUUUCAUGCACUGGGCGGAUUCUGCGCCCGUUACCCAGCCCUGACCAUUGGUACAAACAUUGUCGUAAUUGGACUCCUUAGUCUUGGGUGGCUCAGAUUCCAAGUCGAGAGAGAUCCGGUUCGGUUAUGGGUCAGCCCGAGCUCGGAUGCUGCCCAGGAGAAGGCCUUCUUUGACGAGAACUUCGGUCCGUUCUACAGGACAGAGCAAGCAUUCCUCGUCAACGACUCGUCCCCCGACAGCUCCGUCUUGAGCUACGACAAUCUCGACUGGUGGUUCGACAUCGAACAACGCAUUUCACGCAUGAUGUCACCCGAGAAUGGUAUUAAGCUGGACGACGUCUGCUUCAAACCAACGGGCUCUGCCUGUGUGGUCCAGUCUGUAAGUGGAUGGUUCGGCGCUGGCUUGAUGGAUGACUGGAAAGCACAAAUUGAGCAUUGUGCAGCCCAUCCUGGUGACCAGAUGUGCCUACCGGAAUUCAUGGAUCCUCUGCAACCGGGACGCGUUCUUGGUGGCUACCCGAGCAUUGACGAUGUCGCAGAUGCAAAAGCCCUGAUCACAACGUGGGUGGUCAAUAAUGAUCAGCCCGGCACAGAGGGAGAGGCUAGGGCCGAAGAGUGGGAGCGCGCUCUCAAGCAUGAGUUGCUCAUCUACCAAGAAUCCGCCAAAGCACGCGGCCUGCGGCUCUCCUUCAACACCGAGAUCAGUCUCGAGGAGGAGCUCAACAAGUCGACCAACACGGACGCCAAGAUUGUAGUCAUCAGCUACGUGGUCAUGUUCAUUUAUGCCUCCCUAUCCUUGGGCUCGACAACGCUGUCCUUGAGAUCGUUACUCAGUAACCCCGCAAAUGCUUUCGUCCAGUCCAAAUUCACCCUGGGUGUCGCGGGCAUUCUGAUUGUGCUAAUGUCAGUCUCUGGCUCGGUCGGCCUCUUUUCUGCAGCUGGCGUGAAAGUCACGUUGAUCAUUGCCGAAGUCAUUCCCUUCUUGGUUCUUGCCGUCGGCGUGGACAACAUCUUUUUGAUUGUGCACGAGUUUGAGCGUGUCAAUGUCAGCCAUCCCGAUGAAGAAAUCGAUGUAAGAGUUGCAAAGGCACUUGGAAGAAUGGGCCCCAGCAUUCUCCUGUCUGCGUCAACCGAGACGAUUGCCUUCGCCAUGGGCGCGUUUGUGGGGAUGCCUGCAGUCAAGAAUUUCGCCGCCUAUGCCGCAGGUGCUGUCUUCAUCAAUGCGCUGUUGCAGAUCACCAUGUUUGUCUCCGUCUUGGCGCUCAAUCAAAGACGAGUCGAAAGUCUUCGGGCAGACUGUUUCCCGUGUGUGACGGUCAGGGGCGCGAAUUCCACCGGCAUGCCUGGCGGCCAUUUCUUUGGCAGUGACGAGGAAGGAUGGUUACAACGCUUCAUCCGCAAAGUCUAUGCACCAAGUCUGUUGGACAAGAAGGUCAAAACGUUCGUCGUUGCCUUCUUUGCAACCCUUUUCGCCGCCGGAGUUGCGCUCAUUCCGAGGGUGCAACUUGGACUCGACCAGCGCAUCGCGCUUCCUGAGGAUUCCUACAUGAUUCAAUAUUUCAACGACUUGUAUGACUAUUUCGGAUCGGGACCACCCGUAUAUUUCGUUACUCGGCACCUCAAUGUCACGGCGAGGGAGCACCAACAAGAACUAUGCGGCAGAUUCACCACCUGCGACGAGUAUUCGCUAAUGUACAUUCUUGAGCAAGAAUCGAAACGCCCGAAUGUCAGCUAUAUCAACUCUGCCACGGCCAGCUGGAUCGAUGACUUUUUCUACUGGCUCAACCCCAUCUCGGAUUGUUGUAAGAACGAAAACGGCGAGACCUGCUUCGGCGAGGAUGACUGGAACAUCACUCUCUCCGGCAUGCCGGAAGGGGACGAGUUCGUUUAUUAUGCUAAGAAGUGGAUUCACGCCCCUACAGAUGAGGAAUGUCCAAACGGCGGACAGGCCGCCUACUCGAACGCCCUGGUCAUCGACAAGAAUCAUACUGACACUCCAGCCAGUCAUUUCCGAACGUUCCACACGCCGCUACAAGGUCAAGACGACUUUAUCAACUCCUACGCCGCGGCUAGGCGGAUAUCAGAUGACAUUUCUGCACGCCACAAUAUCGACGUGUUUCCGUACAGCAAGCACUAUAUUUUCUUCGAUCAGUAUAGCAGCAUUGUUCGCCUGACUGCGACACUUCUCUGUGUGGCUGUUGGCAUUAUCUUUGUCAUUUCUUCGUCAUUGUUGGGUUCCUUGCUGACAGGACUUGUUGUGGCGGCGACAGUCGUCAUGAUUGUGGUGGAUAUUAUUGGUGUCAUGGCGGUUGCUGGCGUGUCCCUCAACGCCGUGUCGCUAGUGAACUUGGUCAUCUGCGUGGGCAUUGGUGUCGAGUUUUGUGCACACAUUGCCCGAGCAUUCAUGUUCCCCAGCAAGUCGAUCAUGGAGCGGGCCAGGCACAAGUUUAGGGCAAGGGACAUCCGGGCUUGGGCGGCAUUGGUCAACGUCGGUGGCAGCGUCUUCAGCGGGAUCACAAUUACAAAGUUUGUGGGCGUGGUUGUGUUGGCCUUCACCAGGAGCAAGAUCUUUGAGGUCUAUUACUUUCGCAUUUGGCUGGCCCUCGUGAUCCUUGCGAGCAGCCAUGCGCUGGUGUUUUUGCCCGUGGCUUUGAGUUUCUUGGGUGGUGAUGGUUAUAUUGAUCCCGAGAGCGAGGGAGGACUGGAAGAAGACCUCGCCAGCCGACGAUACCGAAGUCUGUUGCCGGACGACGAUUACUAUGAUUCAGAAGAUGAAUGA